UCAAGUAUAAAAAGCGGCCUCCAUCGCUACCCGUCUCUUCAGUCACUUUCAGCGGUCACACCGUUCUCUUCAGUUUUGUUUUCUGCGUGCAUGCAUUUCGACGAUGGGCAAUCUCUGCGCCAUCCAAGCAGCCCAAACGACUAAGAAAAAGCAGACCAAGCGCUUACCCACUGCGCCAUCAAUUUCCAAUUCCAGUAAUCGUUGGGUCCGGACGCGUUCUUCUCGUCAGGAAAAAAUUGAUGAUGCUGUGAUUCAAGAACAAGCGCUAGUGGCUGCGAUGCUUUUGAAGCAGCAUCAGCAGAAUGGUACUUUACCGGUUGAUCGAUCCAGCUCUCUCAGACAACCGAAUAUGUCUAAUAAGAAGAAUUCGUUGCCUCGGAGUUCCAGUUCCAGGGCUCGAUCACUUGCUGACCCUUUGCUACAGCCUCAUCAGCUUGUUAAUCAGGAUAUAAAGCCUGAUGAUCUGGAAACCAAUCAUUUUGUACUUGUUCAUGGAGGUGGCUUUGGCGCUUGGUGUUGGUAUAAAACUAUUGCACUUCUAGAGGAAGGUGGUUUUAGGGUUGAAGCCAUGGACUUAACUGGUUCUGGCGUUGAUUCCUUUGAUACCAACAACAUUACGUGUAUAUCACAAUAUGUGAAGCCGCUUACUGAUUUUCUUGACAAUCUUCCUGAAGGCGAGAAGGUGAUAUUGAUUGGACAUGAUUUUGGUGGGGCUUGUAUAUCUUAUGCUAUGGAGUUGUUUCCUCUUAAAAUUUCCAAGGCUGUUUUUAUUUCAGCAGCAAUGCUGAUCAGUGGACAAAGUACUCUUGAUAUCUUUUCUCAACAGGCGGGUUCAAAUGAUCUUCUACAAAGAGCUCAGAUCUUUUUGCGCUUGAAUGGGAAAGAUCAGCCUCCUUCUUCCAUCGAUCUAGACAAGUCAUCGUUGAGGGAUUUGUUAUUCAACCAAAGUCCCACCAAAGAUGUUGCAUUAGCAUCUGUUUCAAUGAGGCCAAUACCGUUUGCACCAUUAUUAGAGAAGCUUUCUCUUUCUGACCAAAGGUAUGGAUCUGUGAGGAGAUUCUACAUAGCAACUCCUGAAGACAAUGCCAUCCCCAUCACACUCCAGGAGAACAUGAUAAAUGCAAAUCCCCCAGAAAAAGUCUUCCGGUUGAAAGGGGCUGAUCACUCUCCUUUUUUCUCAAAGCCUCAAGCCCUGCACAAGUUGCUGUUAGAGAUUUCGCAGAUCCCUUGAAAACGUUAUUCUACUUAAAUCGCUUCUGAUGGCAUGCUCAUGAGAAACCUCGACUCACAUGGCAUACGAAUGCAAUUGACAUCUGUAACUUCAGCAUAGGGACAAGACUUAGGUCAAGUUCUUUAGUUGUUUGUUAUUAUGCUCCCUAAUAAAAACAUUACAUGUAGAUGAAUUUAUAUAUAUAUAUAUAUAUAUGAAAAAAAAUAGCCUAACUACAUGGACAUCCAUUUGUUACAGAAAAGUUCUUAUGUUUUCAUUGGAAAUCCUUAUUGCAAACACUAAUAGUUUUAUCCUUA